AUGGAAAAUAUUCGCGUGGUGGUACGUGUGCGGCCGUUUAUUCCGGGCGAAAACCCCCAGCAGUGCGUUACUGUUCAUGACAGACAGAUACGCGUCGGCGACGAUCGGACGUUCGCGUUCGACAAGGUUUUCGAUAUGAGGGCUACAUGCGAUUUAGUGAACAGUUCAGUUGGAGACCCCUUAAUUUCUGCGUUUGUUGAUGGGUACACCGUUUCUACAAUAGCGUACGGACAAACAGGUGCCGGGAAAACACACACCAUGUCACGUCUAUCCAGGUACGUUGUGGAACGUGUACAUAAAAUACUUACGAAUGGCGCCGCCGAGCAUUCAGGCUUAGCUUCACCAGGUGCGAGGUCAAACUCGCUGGCGGAUGCUGAAGCUGCUGCAACUCAGCCCGAGUUUCGGUUUUCGGCUGUGGAGGUAUACAACGAUCAGAUUAGCGACCUUGCCGUUUCUGCAUCGUCAUCAUCAGCCCCUCGCCAGGUUCGAACGUUAUCACUGCGGGAGGAUAAUCGCUGUGGUGUGUUUAUUAAGGGUCUCACUGAGACGGCCGUUGAUUCUGCGGAAGGGUUGCUUACCCUUAUAGAGAGAUGCAUAUCCUCUCGUCGCACUGCAAUGACGCAAGCAAACGAGACAAGCUCUCGUUCCCAUUGUCUACUGACUGUGGCGCUCGUUUACCGGGGCAAAGUCGGACGGUUUGCCCUCGUUGAUCUUGCGGGGAGCGAGCGGAUGAAAAAGGCACACGGCGCAACGCCGAGUGCUGCAGGUGAAGGACAUUCGGGAGCAGCUGCGUCGCGGGUUAGAGAGGGCAUCAGUAUCAACAGUGGUCUCUUGGCCCUGGGGAAUGUUAUAUCGGCUUUGUGUGCACGCAAGUCACAUGUACCGUACCGAGCGUCGAAGUUAACGCGCCUCCUUCAACCAAUGCUUAGCGGCAACUCAAAAACGACAAUGAUAGCUUGUGUUUCACCAGUGGCUGCGUCAUUCGAGGAAACCCUCAACACGUUAAAGUACGCGAACCGUGUGAAGUCUCUCCGCACGACGCCAUUGCAAAUGGCUGCUGUUUCCUCCAUGGAGGACGCGCAGCGUGCCAUAGAAAUGCUGCAUCAGCAACUUCUGGAAGCGAAGCAAGUGGGUUGUGGGCAGUUUUCCGGCAUGCCAUCAUUUCCAACUGGCGAUGUAAAUGCAAAGUUGGAGGAGCUGGAGGAGAAACUAAGGGUGGAACAGAAGCUUACGCAGCGCCUAAAGGACGAUCUUUUCAAUGCGGAGUACACCGCGAUGGUUGAGGUUGAGAAGCGGAAGAGUCUCGAAAAGCGGAUUGCACUUCUUGAGUUAGUGGAGAAGGAACGAUGUGUGGGUCGUGCGUCAACGAGCACUGCGGAGGUUAGUGCCGUUGGUAGUACUGUGUCGUGCCCUAGAAGGUCAGCAGAGUCUAGUGACCCUUCCGACGAGGGCGGGGAUAUAGAAAACAACAGGAAACUUCUAGAGAGACUAGAAGCAGAGCGGGAUGAACUCGAAGCACUUAAGAAGCAAAAGGAGACAGACUCUAAGCGGCUUGCAGAACUCGAUAUGGGAGGACAACAUUCCAUAGGGUGUGACUUUGACGGUAGCUUCUCGCAGGAGAAUCUUUUGAGAGACAUUGCCCUGAAGGAGCGGCAUAUUCAGGAACUUAAGCAGCGAAACGAAGAGGCCGUGUGGGCACUGGAAGACUCAAAGCGCAACCAGGAAGAGGUUCUUUCCGUGAAGCGUCGUCUUGAAGAAGACCUAGCGAAUGCGGUCACGAAAUUGGAAUCAACUGAAAUGGAGCAACAACGGAAGCAGGCGGAGCGGAAUAGGUUGUUUGCACUGCAUGAGGAGCGGCUACGCAAGGCCGAAGAAAUGGCUGAAACCUACAGGCGUCGUGUGGAGGAGGCGACAUUGCAGCUCAAUCAGCGUCAAUGUAACGAGGAACUGAUUCAACAGCUCCAGGCACAGAUUCCGGAGAUGCGUGAAGAGUUGAAUCGCCACGUCGUUGCUGUACGCGAGGGACAGCAGCGCGAGCAGAAGAUGGCUGCCUCAUAUGUACAAAAGGUCAAGAAAAUGAAACGACAGAUGCGUGAGACGGAGGCUCAGGUCUCUCGACUUCAGGUGGAGCUACAGAAGAAGGAACGUGAAAUUGCUCGGGUUAAAUCCAAUAUUGCUGAUAGGUUCGACCGCUGCCUAUCUAAAGCCCACGUCGAGCGGAAGCAACUGUUGCGAAACCUUCAAUGCGAUUCUUCCGGCCGAUCUUCCAGCGUACAGAGGGAAAUUGACUUAGAGCUGAGGGCGCUCGCAACGAUUGAAACAGAUCUUGAUGAUCUCAUGUUGGAACGUUGUGAAAUGAAAGCGCGGCUCGAUGAGGUUUGCGGAAGCCCCAACGUGGUGAAUAGUUGCGCGGUGGCAGCGAAAGGGUUUGAGUGUCAAUCCCGUCGCGCCGGCUCGCCAAACAGUUGUAGUGGUGCGCAGGCUGAGGCUUCUACUGACUACAGCGAGGCGCUGGGUGAUGGAAAUGCUGUUGUGAAGGAACAGGCGACGAAUCCACUGGUUUUCCAAACGUUGAGGCGACUGGAGGAGGUGGAGGACAGCAUCGACAGCCUUCAAGAGGCACGUAAAUACCACUUACAGCGGGUCCGGCGUCUACAAAAUAGCUCGGCUUCGGCGCAGGGUUCUGUUACGUCCAGAGCUUGUGAAUUGCUGCAGCGCAGCAUUAGUGAUUCUUUUAGACAAACUUCAUGA